AUGGAUAACCCUACAGUUCCUAUAUCAAAUAAUAAUGGUAAUUCUAAUAAUAAUAACACUAAUGCAAAUGGUAGUAACAACCAAAAUAAUGCAAUGAAUAACGGAAAUAUGAAUGAAGCCAGCAACAACAAUCAAAUGCGUAACACGUCAGCUCCUGGGCCGGGCCAACAAAAUCCAUUUACAAAUAUUGGAACACCUUCAUUUAAUAUUAACCAAAUUCCUAAACAUAUUUUACAAAAUUUAAGUCCCAGUCAAUUACAGAUGAUUCAACAAAGGCAUAAGCUGCUAUUAAUGGCUCGAAUCCAACAGCAGCAGCAGCAGCAGCAGCAACAAAAUGGGCCACAGGGUCAAAAUCAGCAAGGCCAAUCACAGCAAAUGCAAGCUCAACUUCAAGGUCAGAUGCAACAAAUGCAGACACAGAAUCGGGGCCAACCACAACAAAUACAACCACAGCCCCAAAAUCAACCGCCGCAACAACAGCAACGUCCUCAGCAACAACAACAACACCAACAACAACGUUCAAUGCAAUCCUCUCCACAGAUCCCUCAACAACCUCUUAAACAAACACCAGACAUGAGAUCACAACAACAGCAGUUGCAAAUUCAAGCAAAGCAACAAUCUAGUAAAAGCAUGAGAAAUACAUCUAGGAGUCCAAGAACAAUGCAAAGUACUAUUCAAUUAAACCAAUCUCAAAAUAGUAGGGCAGGUCAAGCUCAAAAACAAAAGCCAAGGCAAAAACAACCUCAAUCUGUUCAGCAACCAAUUCAACCUUCUCAACAAAUGCAAAACCAACAACCAAAUAUAAAUCAGAAUCUUACUCCAAAUUCAAAUCCCACUCAGAGCCAACCUGCAAAUUCAAACCAAACUAAUCCUUCCUUGAACACGAACCAACAGAUCAAUUUGCCACCUCAGAUCACACAAUUUCCACUACCUAUUCAACAACAGGUUUUGAAUUCUUUAAAACGUGAAGCAAUUGAAAGAAAUAAUCCAUCGGUAGUGGCUGCUAUUACUUUAGCGCAGCAACAACUACAACAGCAAAUGCAACAACAACUUCAAACACAGCAGCAUCAAUUGCAAAAUCAAUUGCAAAAUCAAUUUCAGCAGCAGCAACAGCAGUUAAACCAGCAACAACAAACACCAUCUCAACAGCCAAUUGACCAACAACAUCCACAACAGCAGCAACAAAUACCGAGUCAAACAUCGAACUCUAAUCAAGGUAUAUUCCCACAACAAGCUCAACAGCAACCUGUACCGCAACCAAUUCAAAUUCAAGGACUAAAAAAUCAAAAGAGAAACGGUUUUGCUCAACAGCAAAAAAAUCAAGCUCAAAUGCAAAAUCAAUUGACUCCUCAGCAGCUACAGGCGCAAAUACAACUACAGCAUCAACAAGCUCAGCAAAUGCAACAAAUGCAAAUGCAGCAGCAGCAACAACAACUCCCUCAACAACCUCCGCAACAACCUGUGCAACAUCUUCCACAACAGCUUCCACAACAAUCUCAACAACGUUUACAACGUCAAUUAUCGCAAACACAACUGAAACCAAAGAAAAAGUCAAAAAUAAGUACUCCUAAAGUUCAAAAAUCAAUGCCUAAUUUAAGCGUUCAGAAUCCACAGAUUUUAAAGCCUGGUAUAAUGUCGAAUGCAUCUGUACCCAAUCCAAACAUGAGUAUUUCAUCUGGUAAUACACCUUUAUCUAUGCAUCCAACUAUUCCUAUGAAUGGGCCAAUACCUGAUUUAGAGAUAUUGAAGGAAAAGGGUAUGUUAAUGGGUAUUCCAUCAUUAGAAUUACCUGAAGUUCAAAAAAUUAAAUAUGACCCACCGCAAGAAAAAUUACCAUAUCAAACUUACUGGUCAGAUCAAGUAGAUGAUCCAUCAACGGAUUUAUUGCUGUAUGAACAAUUCAUUACAAGAGAUAAACUAAAUAAACUUGAAAGAUCCAAAGCAGUGAAUGGCUAUGAGCCAUUUAGUAUAUAUGGAUUUAGUAAUAAGGAAUAUCUUGGUAAAAUGUGGCAUACUCUGAAAUAUUAUCAAGAAUUAAAAGAAACGCGAUUAAAAUCGAUAACUAAUACUAAUAAUAAAAUUCCAUCAGCUUCUAUCUGGGGUAACGGUUAUUCUGGUUAUGGGAAUGGUACUACCAAUACAGUAACUAAGAUAGUUUCUGGUAUUUCUGAAGAUUCACGGUCAGGUAUUUUUAUGGAUAAAAGAAAGAUUUAUAACCAAGCAAUGAAUGAAAAAUCAGAAGAUUUAGUCCCGAUCAGAUUAGAAUUUGAUUAUGAGCGUGAUAAAUUUUAUUUGAGAGAUACUUUGUUGUGGAAUAGAAAUGAAAGUAUAGUAAAAGUUGAUGAAUUUGUAGAAGAUAUGUUAAAGGAUUAUAAAUAUACAGAAGAAAUGAGGAGCCAAAUUAGUGAGCCAAUUAUUCAAUCCAUGAAAGAGCAAAUUCAAGAUUUUCAAUCGGAUCCUUAUAUUUAUUCUAGGAAAAAUAGAAUUGGAGGUGACGAUUUAAGGGUCAAGAUUAAAUUUGAUAUUGUCAUGGGUCAAAAUCAACUAAUUGAUCAAAUAGAAUGGGAUAUUUCGAACCCUGAUAAUAACCCUGAAGAAUUUGCUGAAUGUAUGUGUCGAGAAUUAUCAUUACCUGGUGAAUUUGUAACAGCGGUAGCUCAUACCAUCCGAGAGCAAGUUCAUAUGUAUCACAAAUAUUUGGCAAUGAUUGGAUAUAAGUUUGAUGGAUCCCCUAUUGAAGAUGAUGAUAUUAAGAGUAGAAUGCUCCCUGCAAUAACAUUGGACAACGUUUAUAGAGUACCAUCAGAUUCCAAACAUUAUACACCCAAUUUAUUGUAUAUUUCUACACCAGAAUUAGAAAGACUAGAUAAAGAUAAAGAUAGGGAUACAAGAAGGAAAAGAAGACAAGGUCGUUCCAAUAGACGUGGCGCAGCAUUAGCCUCUAGUAGCGUGAAUCCGAAUAAUUCCAAUUCUGGUUUGAACGCAACUACAACGACAAUCAGUGGUCAGCUUGCAUCUGAAUUGAUUUUACCAGAUAUAUCUGAUAUUCCAAAAACAUUCCGUACCCCCAUUCCAUCAACUAUUUUACCUGGUGGUAUUAAUAUGGGUCCAUCUACAGAAUCGUUCAAUAUAAAGACUACUACUGAAUAUGUUGCGAGACCAGAAUUGCCACCAAAUGAAAUGCCACCUUGUUAUGUAAUUGAUAAUAUACCUGGAAGAGUUUUGCUAAUAUCGAUUAAGCUACCAAAAAGAAAAGCGAACUUAAUCAAUCAAGUUCAAAAUCAAAUGAACCUCCCACAAAUGUUUCUAACACUUUAA